CAAUAUUUCCCUGCGUUUGAUGAAAUUACAGUUCGUUCAGUGAAGUUCCUGAUCGGCCCCUUCGUUUAUCGGCUUGUGCGGGCACCAGAAAACUCAAGGAGUCUUGUGCGGCUCUUUUAGUUUCAGAUCACUAAUUCCCGCUAGAUCAAGAACGGUGCCUGCAAUAUGAGCGAGGUCUUCGAGGGGUACGAGCGUCAAUACUGUGAUCUCUCUGCUAAUCUGUCUCGUAAAUGUGGCUCGGCGUCUCUUCUUUCUGACCCAGACCAGAAGCAGCAAAAAAUUGCUGAGAUCAAAGCUGGAUUAGAUGAUGCUGAAGUUCUGAUUCGAAAGAUGGAUCUUGAGGCAAGAAGUUUGCAGGCAAGUGUGAAAGCAACGCUGCUUGCUAAGCUGAGAGAAUACAAGUCUGAUCUGAACAAAUUGAAGAAGGAAUUUAAAAGGUUAACAUCACCUGAUGCUGAUCAGACUGCUCGUGAAGAUUUGCUAGAGGCUGGAAUGGCGGAUGCUCAUAUGGCCUCCGCUGAUCAAAGGGAAAGGUUAACUAUGUCAAUAGAAAGAAUAAAUGAAUCAAGUGACCGAAUUAGGGAGAGUCGAAGAGUCAUGCUGGAGACUGAACAACUUGGUGUUUCAAUACUCGAAGAUUUACAUCAUCAGCGUGAGACUCUUCUAAGCUCCCAUCAAAAGCUUUUUGGGAUAGAUGAUGCCAUUGACAAGAGUAAAAAGGUUUUAUCUUCUAUGUCACGGAGGAUUUCUAGGAACAAAUGGAUAGUUGGCUCUCUAAUAGGAGCUCUUAUUCUCGCCGUAGUUAUAAUCAUAUCUUACAAGCUUUCUCAUUAAUGUUCAAUACAUUCAAGAUAGUUGAAAUAUGGGCAAUAUUUCAUGUGAUGUUGUAAAUAGGAUCCAAUUAGUCAUGCUUUGUCACAUCUCCCCAAUUAUUUCUGUAUUGUUGUUGUGUUUGUUGUUUAUUCAGUAAAGCUUUACUUUUUGGCCUCUUCA